UAUAGUACUACAAUUCGGCAUUGGUUUGAAGUCCCUGUGUCACAUGACUUGGAAGCUAUUGAAAUAAAUAAUGAUUUUCCCAUAACACUGUUCUCACAAUUGUAAUUUAUUGAUGGUCCCUAAGCUAACCCCCGUUGGUUAAAAGCGAGCCAUCAGAGGUGAGCUAACCGCACUUAUACAACCGUCACUGGGUGAACUGACUAAAAAGCCGUCACUGGAUUCUGGGUGAAUGUCUGUCGAAUAUCCAACUUAAAACUAACUUCACCGCGGUUACUACGAGGUGCAUCUGAAUGCACCUGACGCCGUAGUGUCUCCAAUGACCGUUAUGUAUAGCUGAUGCACGCAUACCCUCUUUUUAUAGAUCAAGUGUUACUGUUUACUGCAUGAAACGGGCAUUUAACGAUCUGUUUUUGUUGAUAUAUUCGUUAAAUAGCCAAUUAGUAGACGUUAUCGCUGCAAACGGGUCAUUUUUUGUUCAUGUAACGUCAGACCAACUACACACUGCAGAUUUCUAUGGGAGUCCCACAGUUUAAGACUUUACGGAAUAAUCUGCACUGGUGGGUUCCCUGUUCACUGUUGCCGUACCUGGUCCGCGUCUUGUAACUUCAUACCAGAUAACACUAUCGGCCCGCCUGAUCAAAGUCUAUGGGAACCACUUCUAUUAUGUAAUGCGUUAUUACGAUGAAUUAAAGCUUUGUGUCAUUUAUCAUUAGUGUGCAGUCAUUUAAGGUGGACGUUAAGGCUAGUAUUUGUGGAUUCACUUUUUCCAGUUCACCUCCAGUUUGAGCCUGUCCAGGAUGAAAAGUGUCAGGGUUGCAGUGGUGGGCGCAGGUGUGAUCGGCUUCUCCACUGCUGUCUGCGUGGCUGAGGCGCUUCCUUUCUGCUCAGUUACUCUGCUGGCUGAGAAGUUCAGUCCAGACACCACCAGUGAUGGAGCUGCUGGGAUCCUGUUUGCUGAAAGGUUUCCAGAUAUUCCCUUGGAAAGACAAAAACGCUGGUUCAAGGACAGCUUCAAUCACCUGUUGGCCAUCGCUCAAUCCCAGCACUCAGCAGAGGCUGGAGUAAUGCUGAGUUCUGGCUGGCACAUUUUCAAAGAGGUUCCAGCUGAUAAGAAGCCCUUCUGGUCAGAGUCUGUGAUCGGCUUUAGAUUCAUGACUGAAGGUGAAUUGAAAAGGUUUCCGGAUCAUAAGUUUGGCCAGGCGUUCACCACCAUAAAAUGUGAAUGUUCCAGCUACCUGCCGUGGCUCGAGAAGAGGUUCAGAAAAGCUGGAGGCCAGGUGGAACAGAGGAUGGUAAAAAGUCUUCAUGAACUGAGCAACAGCUUUGAUAUCAUUGUCAACUGCUCCGGUCUGGGCUCCAAAACGCUGGUGGGUGACAACAAGGUAUAUCCGGUCAGAGGCCAGGUCCUCAAGGUGAAGGCCCCCUGGCUGCAGCACUUCAUCAGAGAUGGAGACGGAAAGACCUACAUCUACCCCGGCAUACACAGUGUCACUAUAGGCGGCACGAGGCAGGAGGGGGACUGGCGACUUCAAGUGGACGAAGGAGACACAAAGAGCAUCCUGGUGCGCUGCAGCAGGCUGGAGCCGUCGCUCAGCAAAGCCAAUGUUCUUGGCGAGUGGGUCGGCCUGAGGCCCAGCAGGAAGAACCCGAGGGUGGAGAGGGAGGAGGUGCACCUGCAGGGUCGGAGGUUGCAUGUGGUCCACAACUAUGGCCACGGAGGGUGGGGAGUCACCCUCGCCUGGGGUACUGCCCUGGAUGCACUGGGGCUGGUCAGGCAGUGCCUUCAUGAAAUGCUGCUACAGGCUAAACUGUGAACCAAGUAUGCCACUAAAUCCUGCUUUCACUCUGUCGAUAACACUUUAAAUAGUAGAACACACUGCCAGAGAGAUGUAAAUCACAGAUAGAAAAAUCAAAACUAGUGAGUAUACAUCAGAUGUCUAUCUAAGGAAAUUAGUUAUGUAAAACAUAAAAACGGGUAUGUGAGAAUAUAAUAGUAACUACUGCCUUUAUUCAUUUCCAUUUGCUGCCAAUAAC